AUGGUUAUCAACAAAGCAUUGCUAUCGACGACAGUAUUGGCGACCACAAUGAUCAUUGUGGCACGUCCGACGGUCCAGGCAACAGUUUACAUUACCAAUCACUUAACGAAAAAAAUAUUGAUUGUGCAUUGUCGAUCCAAAGACGACGACCUCGGAGUCCAUGCGGUAGCCGUUGGGGCAACCAUCCACUGGAGCUUCGGGCAGAAUUUAUUUGGCGGAACACUUUUCUGGUGCAAACUCGCGGUCGAAGAUAAGCGUAUUAUCUUCGUGGCGUACGACCAAGGCGUCGACGAUGUCAAGGGAGACUGGUAUGUUCGUGACGAAGGAGUUUACGGGAUUCAUAAUCUGACCUUUCUGCGGGCUGCAUGGACGCGACCAUAA